ACCAUAAUGGAUUCGGUCAGAAUAAAUGACACAGCAUUCCAGACGACCGCAGAAACGGAUAAGAAUGCUUAAAUCGAGCGUCAAAGUGGAAUAAUGAAUACACUCUGCCACUUAGAAUCCUCGAGGAGGAAGCUCAGGUUAGAGAGAGGGUCGAGUGACAGCGAGGUGGACAGGCGACAGGCGACAGGGACAUUUCGAUCUGACUUCCCAGCCGCACUCCGAAGCCAUGUCUCUCCGUCACUUCAGUCUCAGGCCGCCGGGCUAAGGCUCAAGCAGGAUAAGCCCCGCACCCCUACCCGCGAGCCUGACCGUCAACUCGGGAGCCCAAGAGGCCGCAACAGAGACAAGAGGGGACUUCUCCAGCCAAGUCCACCCCCUUCCGUCACUGGCGCGACCUAACUACUCCACCCCGCGGCUCAGGAUCCGAGGCGCCCCUCCAGACAAACAGACGCUUCCCGGGGCCCCACGCCCCUCCCGCCAGCGGGCUCGCUGGGUUUGGGGGAGCACCAGCCCACCACAGCAGUGCCCGUUCUGCUUGGGGCUGGGGGAACAGAGAGCCCCGCGCGACAGGAGCCGCGGCACAGGUCUAACGGGAAGCGAGCCCGCGUCAGAGGUCGGGGCGCCCCUUCCCUCUCCCCAACGGCGGCGCAGGAGCUAAAGACAAGGAGUUUCUGUAGAAGCUGAAACCUGUCACCAUCCUUCAAAAUGCAAUGGAAUGUACCACGGACUGUAUCUCGACUGGCACACAAGAUGUGCUUGGAACCACAUAAAGCUGGUCUUUUUGGACACUGUCAGAACAUAAAGGGGCCGUUACUUUUGUGUCAUGCUGAAUCCAUAGUGGUUUGGGGACAUGGUCCUCAAAAGCAGUGGUUGCACUUCCCUGCUACCCACUGUGCUGCAAGGGAAAAGAAGUCACUGGAUGCUCAUCCACCCCAGCCAGGGGUCCUUCGCCACAGACGGUGGGAGCAAGACUCUUCACCCAAGAAGGCUUCGUCCUCCAGUGCCACAGCCCAAGGACCUCCUUCAGAAAAAAAGGAAGAGCCUGAUCCUUUACAGGACAAAUCUAUUAGUCUGUAUCAACGAUUUAAGAAAACAUUUAGACAAUAUGGAAAAGUUUUGAUUCCAGUGCACCUCAUAACUUCUGGUGUUUGGUUUGGAACAUUUUAUUAUGCAGCCAUAAAAGGAGUGAAUGUCGUUCCUUUUCUAGAACUCAUUGGGUUGCCUGACAGCAUAGUAAGCAUCCUGAAAAACUCUCAGAGUGGAAAUGCACUAACAGCAUAUGCCAUAUUUAAGAUUGCAACACCUGCCCGCUACAUGGUGACCCUGGGAGGAACAUCCUUUACUGUGAAGUACUUGCGCAGUCGCGGCUACAUGUCGACACCACCGCCUGUUAAGGAGUAUCUACAGGACAGGGUGGAAGAAACAAAGGAGCUUAUCACGGAGAAAAUGGAGGAAACAAAGGAUAGACUCACUGAAAAACUGCAAGAAACCAAAGAAAAAGUUUCUUUUAAGAAAAAAGUGGAAUAGGGUGCCUUACCUAACAGUUUAUACAAAAUUCUUACGCUUCAGCCCUUUGGAGACUAUGGGCAAAAAUACAUGCUUCUGAUUAUUUUUUUUUGGUUGAUUGCCUAAAUAUAUCAAUUUGCAAAGAGUUAAAGAACUAGGAGAUACCUUUUUAAAGUUAAAUAUCACUGGAAAAACAGUUUUUUGAAAGGAAGAAAUGAACCCAGUGUCAGAAUUUCACAUCAACAGCAGCGUUAAGCAGUGGUCUUAGAAGUCAAAGUUCUUUUUAAAGGUCUUUGGAAUCAUUUUUGCUUUAUGUUUUGUUGCCCUCUGUUAUUGAUGCAGAUUAGGCAGUUGGCUCCUGAAAGAAGUGAUGUGGCUGUAGACAAGAUGUUGAUACUAGAUCUUAGUCUUUGUUAUUCAUUAAGGUUUUAACUGUAUCCAGUUCUCAGUGUGGAAACACACUAGCAUCAUCCAAACUGUCUGUGAAUAAGAGCGUAUUUUGUCUUUCUAUAAAAACAGUAUACAUAUUAAUUGUUAUCCACCAGUUAAAAUAUAGAGCUUAUAUGAAGAAAGUUGAAUAAAAAUUCAGUCCUAUAUAUGUAAAUAAGAUGUAUUGGUUAUAUAUAAAUGAAAAAUGGACACUUUACAAAUGAUUUUUACUUGAAGCUUGUCGUAAUCAAAUUCUUUAGAGCAAGUAUAUAUGUGUGGCCGCAGUGCUUUUUCAAACUUGUGUAUUGGUGAUCAUCACCUGGGACGUAAAAGUUUAUUGUGAAUCGUGUGUGUCCUCUUCAACUAAUCUUUCAGGGGAAAAUGAAGGAUUAUACCUGACGUUUAUUAUUGAAAUCAAAUAUGCUUCUGCAGCCACUCAAGCUCCAGGUUCUCAAGGAGAUAAAGGUUUGGGAGACUAAAAAUGGCAUCAGGCUGCCAUGGAAAAAGCUCACUCUCCCUGGGGCGGGGACGAGCCUUGUCUCAGCAGAGCAGUGCAAAUUUUCAGUGUCUUAGUUUCAGAGUUAAUAUUGAUUUCAUUAUAGAGUACAUUUUAAAAUUUUAGCUGCUGUUUUUUCUGCUAUAUUGAAGGGAAAUAUCCUUGCUUGAGCACUCCACUUGGUACUUUUUAUAGCAGAGCUAUCAUUAAUUUAUCUGCUUGGAAUGUAGUUCAGCGGCCUCAGAUAUGAAAGUUGCUGUGAUUAUGGAGUGCGUUUGUGUGUAGUGUGUUUCCUUUUGCUACAACUGCUUUUACUAAAGUCCUAACUUUUGAAUUGCUAAUUGGAGGAGGGAAAGGCCUCUUUUUAGAUUGUCAUUAUUUUGACCUGAUUGCUAAGGCAAGAGAAUGCCAGAGGGUCUGCCACACAGACGUCCUGCGGGGAUCUUUCUAUUUGGCAGGAUUUUUAUAUCAAAUACUUAAUUUGGCCAAAUUUAGGGAAUAGUGUAAAGGGGAGAGCAAUGUUUACAUUUGAUACAUCUGAUCACUAUAGUAGAACACAUUUUAAAUGAAUAUGCUGUGAUUGGAAUCUUUCUUUUCUGGGGAUUAGGGGAGUCGUGAGAGGUACAGCUGUGUCACUGCAGUCUUGGGUAGGAAGCACAGUCUGUCUCCUGCUGCGGAGGGCUGAACACACUGUUUCACAUUGACAGCACAUUUUUUUUCUUUAAUAUUUUUUACAGCAUAUUUUAGAAUCUAAACAUGAUUAAACAUGUUUUACAUGUUUAAAUAAUGAACAUUUUGCAGAUAUUAAAUGCUGAGGUAUUAAUAAAUUUUUUUUAACCACUUGAGUCUGCUUGUGUUAAAAUGUUGUGUUAUACGGAAUUCUCUUUCUUCUAAAAUUCCUUUUACUUUUCAUGUUGCACAGGGCAUAUUUUCCAAGGGGGAUAAAUUAGGGGUUCUUAGAAGUUUCUGAUAAUCCCAAGAAUAAAAUUUGCUUUUCGUGAGUAGA